GGCUAAUUAAACCGACUCCGCUUUCGAAGCACGAUCAUGCUUCGACCUGCCUGCCACACUUUCUUGUGGAAACAAUAGACUAUGAUGUGGAAUUACUGCUGCCCUGACCACAGUAUUUAUUGACCAUGUUUAAAGUCCGGAUUUUACAACCUUGAGUGUUUCAUCCCAGUUCGACGAUCUUGUCCCUCGCAAGCUUCACGAAAUAUCUAAUACCAUCAGAAUCAGAAUGCGAUACCCAACUCCCUCAACAACCAAGCCAUCUGAAAGUUCGCGAGCUACCAAACAUCCUUCUCGAUCCCCGAAAGCGAAUGCUGCGCCCUCCAAAGGUGUCCAUGCUCGCAAGCAUGUUCUCAAAGCAUCCAAGACCCGGCGCGCUUCGCAUUAUGAUCCUAAACCGCCACGUAUCACCGUCCAUGGGUUACCUGGUUAUACUGGUGGUAUCUUGCCACCUGAUGCAGUAGACCCUCGCCCACCCGCACUUCCCUUGGACGGUUUCGAAUGUAUUCGCACAUUAGGCGACGGAGCUUAUGGUCACGUUCUACUCGUACGAGCGCGUGAACAACCAAAUCUAGGGAAACUGGCAUGCCCAGGGUCACUAUUCGCCGUGAAAGUCCUCUCCAAAGAAAGGAUGAAACUAAUCGACCAGAAAUACCCUGCGGAUACUAAUGCAGAGAGAAUGCACCUGUCAGCAUUGCCUUGGAGUCCCUGGGUGAAUGGUGUCGUAGGCACCUUCAAGGAUGAAUUGAAUCUUUACCUUAUGCUCGAGUUUAUACCGAGCGGGUGUUUCUACGACGUCAUCCAAACGCGCGGCCCUUUUGAUGCUGCCACUGCCCGGUUCUACUUCGCCAAUAUUGUAUCUGGACUUUAUUUUCUCCAUGGCGAGGGGAUUAUUCAUCGGGAUUUGAAACCAGCGAAUAUCCUGAUUAGAUCCGAUGGCUACCUAACCAUAGCAGACUUUGGACACGCCCGUCUGGAUGAGAUCGACAACGGACCAGCAACCGAAUGGCUCAUGAUCGGCACACCGCUUUACAUGGCUCCCGAGCUCUUAUGUUACCAGCACAUGACAGGAUACAGUGUCGACUGGUGGGCGGCAGGUGUCACGUUGUACGAGAUGCUCACGAAGAGAACGCCAUUCUUCGGUAUGGACGAAAACAAAAUAUUUAAAAGGAUCUCCUCGGGGAAGUACAAGUGGCCCAAAGGCCUCCGCGUGGGCGCAUCUCUCAAGUCUAUUGUUGCAGCGCUUCUGACCACGACGGCUGAGCACCGUCUGGGUGUUAAGGAUUCCGUUCUCGACCACCCAUGGCUCGAAAACAUUGAUUUUGAUAAAUUGGACGCCGGGAACUACAUGGCCCCUUGGAUCCCUGAAGCGCCUGUACCCACCCAGACGUGGUUAAACAAGGGCCUUCCGCCCCCGCAUUGCAUUCCUGGACUCAAAGUUUGUGUACCAGCUGUGCACCGUGAGUGGGAUGACCGUCUACCUAGAAAACAAUUACCUAUCUAGCUGACUCCGGCUGCCACGUUUCUUUCAUUGUUAAUUACUGCACGUUGAUGCGUCACCUGUAUUUCUUACACUACUAUCUGAUAUAUGUAAGGAUGGUAUCUAAUUCAUUCAUGCUCGUGUGAUUAUUGCUGGCUGGCAAUACCAGUGAUUACGCCU